GGUAUAAAACGAGGGAGGGAGUCGUAUAAGAGAGGCAGCAGCCAUCGAGGGAGAGGUGACCGAGUAGAUCAUCCUCCUCUCCUCUGCCAGCCUCAUCAUGUUCAUGCUGCAGAUGUUGACUGUUAUUUCUCUGACUGUUCUCCUCCUGGCAUCUGUGCAAGGUAAAGGUGUGCAGAUGCAGCGGGAUGUGCAGUGCUGCAUGUUGUACUCCCACGGCAAGGUGCGCACCAAGGACGUGCUGCGGUUUGAGGUGCAGACAGAAGGACCAGACUGCAGCAUACAAGCCAUCAUCCUUUACACCAAAAAGGCAGUGAAGUGUGCCGACCCCAGGGACCGUAAGGUGAAGAGGUUGCUGAGAAAGCUCUUGCAGAGACAGAGAACCAAGGCCCAUCGAACAAUGUGGCUUCUUCCUCACGACAACCUGCCUGUCAUGACAGAGGAGAGAAAAGACAACUGGGCCAUUCUUAAUAUGGAGUGAUUGCAAACUGUCAAAUAUGGAGGACAAGAAAUAGUCAUAGGCCAAGUAAACUCUCUUAAAAGCAGAGUUAGUGGACUUCUCCGGAUGUCUCAUGUCUCUAUAUAACCAACUAUCCGUCUCCAGUGGACCAGACCUGGGCAGCAAUAUCUAUUUAAAUGGCUUUACAUAUUUCAAAACAGGAGCGAGGGAUUGAAAGAUUCGCAAAAUGAGUGAGGAGGAUUUUUUUUUUUUUUUACAUGUAAGAUAAGUUGUGGAUGUAAAAUGGCUCUUAACUGUUAUUUGCCAGAAGUGUCUGCCCACUCUCUCUUCAUCCAUGUAUGUGGCUAAUCUGUGGAAAUGUGAUGUUUUUUAAAAAGUAUCAAUGAGCGGUGAUUUAAAUAUUGUCUUCGUACGUGCUUUUUUGUGCUACAUUGUAAACUUCAUUCACACGCUCCGAGUAGUUCAGGUUUUGUGGAGGUGGCGCGGAAUUUAGGGGACCUUUUUUUGUAUGAAUUCAAUUAACUUGCACCUUGUUUCGUACAAUCGUACAAUCCAGGUUUCAGAGCUCAGACUUUGACCGCCUGUUUGUGACUGUUACACCACAUAGAGCAGGGGUGUCCAAACUUUUUUCCACUGAGGGCCACACAUUGAAAAAUGUAUUAACUAAUUGAUAUUUUCCAUUUUCAAAACCAAUACAAUAUUUAUUAUAACAAUUUAGGCUCCUCUCAACUGUGGUGAGGGAAUCAGUCAUUAAAGCAUUAAAAACAAGUCAUAUGUAUAUAUAUAUUUUUAACUUUCAACACUAAAAUAUUUAUAAAUCAACUUAAGAUCUAUUCGUUGAUAUAAAAUGUACAUUUUUUUUUGUAUGUUUUAUGCUCUUUUUGUCAAAGAAAACCCAUUUUUUAAAGGCAAAACACAAAAUGUGCAAUAUCUUCCCCCAAAACAAUUUUCUAAAUUGAAUAUUUGAUGUGAAGUACGGUAAUUGGAGCCGUACAUAAGUAAAUCAUUCAUAACAACAUUGCUUUUGCUUGAUUAUUAUUUUUUGAGCAAUGAAACUUUAAGAACAAUCUGACAAAUAAAAGGUAUCUGGAUCCAAAAGUCCUCCACUCAUAAAAGUAUUAAAAAUAAGUCAUAUAUCAAUAUAUGUUAUUUUUACGUAAACCUCUAGAUCAGUGGUUCUCAAAUUGUUUGGACCAAGUACCACCUCAGAAAACACCAUAUUGACCAGCAUUAAAAUACAGUAGCCUAGUAGGCUUAAAUAUUCAUUAAAAACAAGGAGGGGGUUUUAUUUAACAACUAUAAAUAUUUAUUAUUUUUGGCCACUGUAACAUUACACACAGUUUGAACAGUAACACUGAGUUGGAAUAUUUAAUUACCGUAUUUUUCGGAGUAUAAGUCGCUCCAGAGUAUAAGUCGCACCGGCCGAAAAUGCAUAAUAAAGAAGGAAAAAACAUAUAUAAGUCGCACUGGAGUAUAAGUCGCAUUUUUUGGGGACAUUUAUUUGAUAAAACCCAACACCAAGAAUAGACAAUUGAAAGGCAAUUUAAAAGAAUAGUGAACAACAGGCUGAAUAAGUGUACGUUAUAUGACGCAUAAAUAACCAACUAAGAACGUGCCUGCUAUGUUAACGUAACAUAUUAUGGUAAGAGUCAUUCAAAUAACUAUAACAUAUAGAACGUGCUAUGCGUUUACCAAACAAUCUGUCACUCCUAAUCGCUAAAUCCCAUGAAAUCUUAUACGUCUAGUCUCUUACGUGAAUGAGCUAGAUAAUAUUAUUUGAUAUUUUACAGUAAUGUGUUAAUAAUUUCACACAUAAGUCGCUCCUGAGUAUAAGUCGCACCCCCGGCCAAACUAUGAAAAAAAACUGCGACUUAUAGUCCGAAAAAUACGGUAAGUCAUUCUUUGGCGUACCACUUCACGGAGCAUUCGUACCCUGACACAGUUUGAGAAUCACUGCUCUAGAUCAACUUCAGAUCUAUCCGUCAACUAUACGUUUUUAUUCAUUUUUGAACAACGCCAGUUUUAAAGUAAUGUGUAAAUAUUUUCUCGUUACAUUUUGUUUCACUUUUUAUGGGUUUUUUUUAACAGUAUUUUUUAAAUGUGCCGUGCCCUUUAAAAAAUUAGCUGUGGGCUGCAAAUGGCCCUCGAGCCCGCAAUUUGGACACCCCUGACAGAGUAUUAAAAAAAAGCAAUGUUCUAUAUUGACUGUUAAUAGCGUGGAGUCUUUGGAAGCAGCUAUUUCAACAUGGUCACCACCUAUCACAUAGUCGGCCAUUAAUCUAUGCCAAAGUACUCAUCUUGACUCAUCCAUUCAUUUCCAAGGCUGUGACAAGGCUGUUAAACAUUCUGAGUAUUGUAAAAGAACACACUAUAUGUCAAGUAAACUAUUUUAUAAAAUAACAUGAAAUAAUGCUUGUUUUUGUCUUCUUUCGGGCUUAUCAGUAUGUCAUUUUAGGCUCUACGAUUUGUACAAAGUAUUGAUUUUAAAUACUGUCACUGUACGAGUUUGCAUUCGUCUUUAUCCUGCAAUAUCAAAACAGAGCUAACAAUUUAAGUGUGGACUGACUGAUUAUUAGUGUUUCACUCUAAUGUGGACAACAUUGCCACUUGUUUCAUAGUUCUGGACAUACUAGCCAACCCUCACGAUUUUCCCGGGAGACUCCCGAAUUUCAGUGGCCUUCCUGAAAAUCUUCCGGGGCAACCAUUCUCCCGAAUUUCUCCCGAUUUCCACCCGGACAACAAUAAUAGGGGCGUGCCUUAAAGGCACUGCCUUUAGCGUCCUCUCUCACCUGAAAAGGAGACUAUUAUAUAUGUGUCCGUUAUCCAUAGGUUUAUCUAUAACCCAUAAAGUAGGCAGGCACGGAGCUAUUUCUCAGCGUGU